GAAGCACAGCCGACCUGUCACGAUGAAGACGUCACUCGCCGCGCUCGCCUCCCUGGCGGCCGCCGUCCUGGCCGAGAGCCCGUUCCUCAACGAGCCCGACACGGGCCUCGAGGACUACCUCUUCAGCACCAACUACACCAGGGGCGCCCAGCCGCUGCUCAAGGACAUGCGCGGCCUGCCCGACUUUGAAUGGGCCGCGCGCCAGACCCUGACCAACCAGAAGUACGCCUUUUACAGGGUCGCCGCGGCCGGCGAGUGGAGCUACCGGAACAAUCUCGAUGUCUGGGGCAAGGUCAAGUUCCGGCCCCGGCAGCUAACCGACGUCACCCGCGUGAACGAGACGCUUCCGACCACCAUCCUCGGCUACAACUUCAGCGCCCCGUUCUUCAUCGCGCCCGCCACGCGCGGCGCGUACGGGGACCCUGACCGGGCCGAGCUCAACUUUGUCGACGCCUCGGCCAACGAGAACAUUCUCUACGUGUCGGCCAUGUACGCGUCCAAGUCCAUCGAGGAGAUCGGCGCGGCCAAGCACCGCGACGGCACCCUGAACGGGCCCCAGGCCACGUUCCAGCAGAUCUACACCAACGCCAACCUGUCCGUGACCUGGGACCUGAUCCGCCGGGCCGAGGCGGCCGGCGCAAAGGCCAUCGUGUGGACCAUCGACGCGCCCGGCGACUCGACCCGGCACCGCGCUGCGCGAUACGACACGACCAACGCCAACUCGGUGUCCUCUGCCCUGACCUGGGACAUUUACGAGGAAAUGAAGCAGCACACGAGCCUCCCCAUCGUGCUCAAGGGCAUCACGACGGUCGAGGACGCGCUCGAGGCGGUCGCGCGCGGCGUCAAGGCCAUCUACCUGUCCAACCACGGCGGCCGGCAACUUGAGUACUCGCCGUCGCCGCUCGAGAUUGCCUACGAGAUCCGCCGCAACGCGCCCCAGGUCUUUAACCAGGUCGAGGUCCUGGCCGACAGCGGCGUCCGCUACGGCAGCGACGUGAUCAAGCUGCUCGCGCUCGGCGUCAAGGCCGUGGGUCUGGGACGGCCUUUCAUGUUUGCAAACUGCUACAAGCUCUCGGGUGUCACCAAGGCCAUCCAGAUCCUCAAGACCGAGAUUGCGCACGACGCUGCCCAGGCGGGCAUUGCCGAUAUCAAGCACAUCAACCCCAAGGCUAUCAACACUCGCGCCCUCGAGGCCGACGUGUACUUGAUGCAAUAGGGAUAUGGUGGCUACUGCUGGUUGGAUAGCACAAAACCUGCAAAUUAAUAAACGGAUCAUUCCUCA